GAAAAAUAGAAUCAAAUGUCAACGCAAACAAAACUAUGUCAAAAUUAUUUCCAAAUUCUUUGUAAUAACAAAAACAAAUCCUCAUAAAAAUACAGAAAACCAAUGUUUUUAACUUAAUUAAUCAAUAUAGUGAAAAUUGGGCGUGAUGGCUGAAACGAAUAGUCAAAAUCCCAGUAAUGCAACAACACCUUCAACUGAAGAUAGGUCAAGCGGUAACUGGUGGGACUCCUGGCUGACAUCCGCUAAGAGUAAGUCCGCAGAAGUGUAUACAAUGGUGAAGAAAGACUUGGCUGAGAUUGGCACAGCUGUCAAAAGCGAGGCAAGCCAUGUCUUCAAUUCAACAUCAACAGCUAUAGGAGAGACUUGGAAGAUGGCUGUACCCGAACCACAGACAAAUGCUAUGAAGAAAAGUAUCAGUAGCUUUAUAGGGCAAGUAAGCACCGUCUUGAACCCUGAACCUGAUGAUGAAGACGACACAGAAGUCAUCCUCUCAUCUGGUGACACCACUAUGCUCUCUACUUAUAAGAAAGAACUGGAAUCCCUCCAACGAGUUGACGCGACAUACAUAGUACCUCCAGACAUGCUCCACUUCACAGCCUGGAGAGAGAGCUUAGAGAACGAUGACGUCAUCUCUCCCGUCGCAGCCGUCAAGAGGCUGAACAACAGUCCCAUACUGAAGACCCAGUAUGAGAAAUUGGUCCCCGACGCCUGCUCACACGAUGAGUUUUGGGAGAGGUAUCUAUUCCGAGUGGCGUUACUCCAAGAUCGUCUUGCCGCCAUGUCUCGCAAAGUACCCGCAGAUUCGGUAACCGACGAUCCGGUAUUAGCUCAUUUGCCGCAAGAAAUUACACCUAUACAGACGAGUCCAAAAAAAGUUCUCUCUGGUCUAACCGAAACCCCUGAAGUAGACAAUGUUGUCGCCUGGGAAGAUGAAGAUUUCGCUAAUGACGUCGAGCUGACAGAAGAGCAGCAAAUUUUACUUCUAGAAGAAUACGAAAAGGAAAUAGAAUCGAAAAAACAGAAGCAAACUAAAGAUGUUGCCAAUAACAACGCCGAGUCACCCAUAAAAGUUGCCACACCUAAAAAUAAAUCCCCGAAUAAAACAAAGGCCGACGAAUGUGGGAAUUUAGUUGAGGACUACUUUGGUGAUAAGGAAGUGAAUGAUGAUGCUAGCGCCAAUUCAGAUGAGAGUUGGGAAAAAGACUUUGAAGUCGAAGAACCGGCGACUCAAAAGGCCUGACUGUAGUCGCGUUUUUUUGACAAUUAAACCAAUAAAAAAAAAACAUGGAUAUCGGACUCGGCUCCAUGGAUAAUUUACGUCAUAUCCUGUUUUUUUUUUUUCAUUUCGUAUUUUUGAAUAAAUUAAUUCGUUAAUAAGGAUCAGUGUUUAGUACAGUAGGUUUUAAUAGCCGACAUUUUUAUUACUUACGUUGUUUUAAUCAAAUUAGAUUUAAAUGGUUGUAUUUUCAUCGAUUUGACAAUCAAUUUUUUUGCUUAGUCCAUUAUCAAUGCGUAAUAACUUUCUAGAUUGUCUUUGCCAACCUGUCAAGCUGACAGGUCAUUGACCUUUUUGACAAUGAGCUGAAUUAAUUGGGAUGUCAAAUUGCUUCUUAAUGAGUCAACUUAAAUAUAUAACUGUGUAUAUGUCGCAGCUAGCUUAAUAAACCGUUCAAUUAACAGGCCUUUUAACUAACUGCCUGAAACAUAUUCAGCCAGGUAAUAAAACAACUAGGCAAAUGGCAUUUAUCGAUGACGUUUCAUUAUUUGCGUAGACUGUUGACUGUUAAUUUAAAUUUAAUUCCACUUUUCCACUCUCAAACUCGAAACGGUACUCUUCAAACUGUCAGUAUGGCGUCGGGAAACCACAAUUCUGAUGGUGUUUUCCAAAGUUUAAUGGCAAACAAGUAAAAUGGAGUGUAAAGAGCGUACCAAUUCUUAAAAGGCUGGCAAUACACUCGCGACCUCUCUGACAUUGAGAAUGUCCAUAGGCGGCGGGUAUCACUUAGCAUCAGGUGAGCCCGUCUGCCCUCUGUUCUAUAAAAAAAAUUGCCUAAAUGGCCUAAGCAUUAGCAGAGAUGAGAAAGAUUAAUAUCCAUUAUCUUUCAGGCCGCUAGUUAAACGGCGACGUUUAGUUAAAACUCUAGGCUAAUUGAACGGUUUAUAAGGCAAAAGACAACAUGGGAACGAUUAUGAAAUUCGUUUGUUUUUCUUUCAGUAAAAUAAUCGAAUUGUAUAUAUUUUUUGAGAUGUGUUGCGUCAAAAAUAUCUUGACGGUAUAUUUUAGUACGAUUUUGAACACACGCACUUUUAUUUGAUGCUUCCAUUUAUUUAUAAUAUAAUUUUUUAUGGUUGUUAAAGUAUAGUUUUUAUUACUUUGGGUUUUUGAUAUUUUUAUAGUUAUUUCUCCGAUGAUGACUGAAUUUAGGAUUCAUUCAGUUUAUGGGUAUUUUAUACGUUGAUUUAAACUCGAUUUUCCCAUCUCCACCAUUUUUGGUUUCUCUUGUUUUUUGGAGGAUUUCAUUAAUUUAAGGUAAAUUUUGUUAAGGCAUAAAGGUCAUUAAGUUUCGUUUAAUAUAUGCAGUAUGUUAUACCCUUUAGUCUAAGCUUUACAAUAAGUAUUAGAAAAUCUAAUUGUACAUUAAAAUUGAUAAGUAUUUGUGUUGUAUGAAAUGUGAUAAUUAAUUCGCUUUUAUUUAGUACUGGCGGUUUUUUGUCACGAAUGUGCCCAAAUUUUUUGACAUUUGAAAAUUCAAACGACGCCAUCUUUCUUUUGUCUAUAGCAAAUGAAAACGUUACCUGUCAGAAUAGGUUUUGGGCCAUAAAAUAGAUGUUAUGGAAAUAAAAAUGUUUACAAGACAAUAUUCUGGCUUAAGUGCAAUAUGUCAUGGUGUGCAAUACAUUAUUAUUGUAUAAAUUUGUAUUUGAAAUGACCAAUAGAACAACGUCAGUGUGUGACAGAGAUAACACUCUACUAACACAAUCCGUCUCUUUCCAAAUGUCGAGGUUUAACGGCGAUCAAUAUUAACAUUUAUUAUUUCAUUGUAAACAUAUUCAGAUUAUAAAUACGAAACUUCAACGU